AUGUGUGGCCUCGUUAUCACCGUGGUGGUUCUCACGGUCAUGCCGAAAAAGCAUGCGAGCAGUGCCCAGGUGUGGACGGAGUACCACAACAACACGGGUGGAUGGGCAGACGGAGUUUGUUUCAUGACUGGUUUGUUGAAUGCUGCUUUUGCAGUUGGAGUCCCAGACUGUAUUAGCCAUCUAUCAGAAGAGGUUCCCCAGCCUGAGAUUCAGGUCCCGCAAGGCAUAAUGUUGCAGAUGCUCACAGCCUUCGUCACAUCAUUUGUGUACCUGAUCGCCCUCUUCUACUCCAUCCAAGAUCUAGACGCCGUCUUUACAAGUAACAUCGGCUCUUUCCCAACCGCCGAGAUCUACCGGCAAGCGACAGGGUCCAACGUAGGCGCCAUCGGUCUGAUCGCGGUGCUGUUUAUCGCAACCUUCCCAACUCUGAUUGGAACAUUCGUGACCGGCGGUCGAAUGUGGUGGAGUCUAGCACGCGACAAUGCUACGCCGUUUUCCGACUAUUUCGCUCAAGUACAUCCGACGCUAAACUGUCCCGUACGUGCUACGAUUGCUAUGAGCGCGCUCGUCACUUGUCUAGGGUGUAUAUACAUCGGUAGCACGACGGCGUUCCAAGCGCUGAUCUCGUCGUUUAUUGUGCUAAGCUCGCUAUCCUACUUUGGUGCUAUUUUUCCGCAUGUUUUAACCGGUCGCGGAAAAAUGGUCCCCGGACCAUUUUACAUGGGACAGAAGCUUGGGAUGGCAGUCAAUCUUGUUUCUUUGAUAUACAUUUUGGUUACUGUUAUUUUCUUCUGUUUCCCCUUGGUGUUGCCGGCUACGGUUCAAAAUAUGAACUACACCAGUGUGAUCGUUAUCGGCUUGAUGGUUCUCACUGCAUUCUGGUGGGUGUUCCAUGGCAGACGCCGGUACCAUGGCCCACAGUAUAGCUUUGAGGCUGCUGAGCGGUUGGCUAUUUUCCAAGAGGGCAAGGAGGGCCGUCGGUCUUUUAUUGAUCUUGUAGGUGUAACCCCUGUUGGUAUUGAGCACAGUAACUUUUCAUGA